UUGCUCUGUGGCUGAACAGCAUCAGGUAUCAUCUAGUUGAUUUUUCGCAAUUGCUGCGUAAGGCCUGCGUGUGAAUCGCGCGAAAGCAAUCUCGAAGAUGUAAGUCGCCCACUUGUCAGAUCGUCGUUACGAUUAGUUAUUUAGUCUUGCGACGAGACCCCUCCGAGAUGAACGUGAAUGUGCACGUCCCUAUCACGUGCUUCCUGCUUAUCAUACUGAUAGCUCUUACGAACGGGCAGCUAAUGUCAAAAGAACAUCGUACCCACGCGGCUUCUGAAAGGGCCAACGACUUAUGGUGUUAUCAGUGCUUCACUAUGGAUCACGGUGAGAAAUGUAUCACUGGCAAUGGUGGCAAUUUCAGUGACUACGAGCACAAAUGCACGGACGACAGAAGAAUCUGCAUGGUAAAACGAUUUUCCUACACCACCAGUACCGAGAAUUCGACUUCCAGUCCGAAAACGUGGUCCCUCCAGAGAAAUUGCACAAACAAAUGUGAACCUGGGUGCAUCGUUAUCGGCGAACGCACCAAGCUCUACGCCUGUACCGCUUGUUGCGAGACUAAUUUGUGCAACAACGGCACCGGCACCGCCAACGACCUAACGAUUAAAGAAAUCGAUCUCCUGCUAGCCCUCAUGCUCCAAGCUAUUUUGACUGUUAUUAUGUAUCCGUCCUGACAGUGUUAAUAAAGCUUCUAAUUACAAUAAUCACAAUACAACCCCAUAGUCCACGGGUGUUGGCGUACGGUGACGCUUUGCUUUAUCAGAGUCCUUCGAAAGAUACAAUAUAUCCCGUAAAAAUCUUAUGGGCUUUCUACA